GCGCUUUAGGGAAUAGAAGAAACAACGAAUACCAGCGAACUAAAUUGAAAAAGAAAAGAAGAAAAACAAUGGCGGACCAGCUAACCGAUGACCAGAUCUCCGAGUUCAAGGAAGCCUUCAGCCUAUUCGACAAGGACGGAGAUGGCUGCAUCACCACAAAGGAGCUCGGGACGGUGAUGAGAUCACUUGGGCAAAACCCUACAGAAGCUGAGCUCCAAGACAUGAUCAACGAGGUUGACGCAGACGGGAAUGGAACGAUAGAUUUCCCGGAGUUUCUGAACCUAAUGGCCCGCAAGAUGAAGGACACUGAUUCAGAGGAAGAGCUUAAAGAAGCCUUCAGGGUUUUUGACAAGGACCAGAACGGUUUUAUCUCCGCGGCUGAGCUCCGCCACGUGAUGACAAAUCUUGGGGAGAAGCUAACUGACGAAGAAGUGGAUGAGAUGAUCCGAGAGGCUGACGUGGAUGGUGAUGGUCAGAUCAACUAUGAUGAGUUCGUUAAAGUUAUGAUGGCAAAUAUUGAGACAAAUCUAGGCUAACGGAAUUGGUUGGGGGGAGGGGGGAGGAAUAUUGAAUCAAAGUCUUGGAAUGUGCUCUCGCACGACAAAAGAAAAUUCCCAUAUGCUCUCAUUUUUUCGACUUACGUGUUGUUUUAUUUAAUUACUAAAAAAUAGUAAAAGACCAUACAAUAUACAACCAAAGGUACAUUUUAAAAAAGUACACUCUAC